UGUUUAUGUGUGAACGUUUUAUUCUUUUCUACUCUUCAAUUGGUGAUACCUAUUUGUCUAUUGCAAUCUCUUUAAAUCAAGAUCGAGAUCAAAAUCAAAGUCAAAAAAUCUUAACAUGUCUUCACCCGAUGAAGCCCUAUACUUAGGUUUCGACCUCUCUACCCAACAACUAAAAGGUGUGUACACGUGAACACAAUUUCCACCCUUUAUCCCACUAACUUUUCCAAGCAAUCGUGGUAUCAUCUUCUCUCAAAGUGCGCUACGAAGCAAAAGUCGAUUUCGACGCCGAUCUCUCCAAAUAUGGCAUCAAAAAAGGUGUACAUGUGAAUGAAGCUGAAAGAGAAGUCUACGCACCAGUAGCUAUGUGGCUAGAAGCCGUUGAUUUAGUUCUUCAACGACUUUCGGAGAAGUCCUGUCCGUUCCAUCUCAUUAAAGGCAUUUCGGGCUCCGGUCAACAACAUGGAAGUGUUUAUUGGAGUCAAAAGGGUGAAGAGGUAUUGGGAGCUUUGGAGAAGGAAAAGACUUUGGUAGAUCAGUUAAAGGAAACUUUUGCGCAUCCAUGGAGUCCGAAUUGGCAGGAUGCGAGCACGCAGGAGGAAUGCAAUGCUUUUGAUCGGGAACUGGGGAGUGAGGAGAAAUUGGCGGAGGCCACGGGGAGCAAAGCUCACCAUGUUCGUUCCCCUUUGUUCUUUUCUAGCGAAUAUAUCCGCGGGCAUGUGGCGAGGCAUAAUUUCUUGACUAACAAUAUUGACAGCGAUUUACGGGACCACAAAUCAUGCGUUUUCAUAAAAAGUAUCCAGAGGUCUACAGAUGUACUUCUCGUAUAACACUCGUCUCAUCAUUCCUAGCAUCUCUAUUCCUUGGUAAAAUUGCUCCUUUUGACAUCAGCGAUGUCUGUGGUAUGGAUCUCUGGGACAUCAAAUCUGGAUCCUGGAGCGAACCUCUUCUUACCCUUGCAGCCGGCUCUGAUGGUCUUGCUUCCUUGAAAUCCAAACUUGGAGAGGUACGAGAAGAUGGUGGGGGAAGUAUGGGUUCCAUAUCCUCUUAUUUCACAUCUCGCUAUAAUUUCCCCGCUGAUUGUGCAAUCGUACCCUUCACGGGCGAUAACCCCGCCACAAUCCUAGCACUACCUCUACGUCCUAUGGACGCCAUUGUCUCGCUUGGAACAUCCACAACUUUCCUCAUGUCAACACCCAACUACGUCCCAGACCCUGCUUACCACUUCUUUAAUCACCCUACUACAGCCGGCCUCUACAUGUUCAUGCUCUGUUACAAAAACGGCGGACUAGCCCGCGAGAAAAUCAGAGAUGCACUCCCCGCCUCCACAACCUCAGACCCCUGGUCCAACUUCAACAGAGCCGCCUUAGAAACCCCACCUCUAGCCCAAAACUCCCCAUCCGAUCCCGCAAAACUAGCCCUCUACUUUCCCCUCCCAGAAAUCGUCCCAAAUAUCCGCGCCGGUACUUUCCGCUACGAAUUUUCAUCUAAAAAUACUCUAAACGAAGCUCAGACACCAUAUGAUCCCGAAACAGAUGCUCGUAUUAUCGUAGAAUCGCAAAUCUUAUCUCUACGUCUUCGUUCGCAGAAAUUGGUUACGUCUCCUUCUAAGGAUAUACCAGCUCAACCUCGUCGUAUUUAUCUUGUAGGGGGUGGAUCACUUAAUCCGGCGAUUGCGAAGAUUGUGGGUGAGGUUUUGGGAGGUGUGGAGGGUGUGUGGAGAUUGGAUGUUGGUGGGAAUGCGUGUGCAUUGGGUGGUGCUUAUAAAGCUGUUUGGGGUGUUGAGCGAAGCGGAAGGAGGGAGAAUAUUGAGAGUGGGAAUGAUACUAAAUGGACGGGAGAAAGUUUCGAGGAAUUGAUAGGAAGGAGGUGGAAGGAGGAAGGCGCUAUUGAGAAGGUGGAUGAGGGGUAUAGAGCUGAGGUUUGGGAAAAAUAUGGAAGUGUUUUGGGGGCGUUUGAGGGGAUGGAAAAGACGGUUUUAGAGAGUGAGGAUAGGUUUAGGAAGUGAGGUGGAUGUGUAGAUUUAUAUGUUCGUAGUAAUGUAUUAGAAGAUGGGAUGAGUCGAAAUAUGUCCUAUUAUGGAACUGGAACGAAAGUGACAUAUAUACCUAGGGUAUAUUGCUUACAAUUAACGGUAUUGAUGGUGCUAGAAAGCCUAUUUGA